CGAAGCGGUACAAUUCCGAGUCUAUAUAAAAUCGUGCACGCCAUUUAUGUUUGUCUCUUUACUUACGUUGAUGUGAUACAGACGACAUUCUCGAGGGCUCACAAAUCGUACAUCGCUGUAUGAGUAUUUCUCCCUAUCUCACAAAAAAAAAACAACCAAAAAUUAAUCGAACACAUUUUUUUUCGAUUAAUUCACAAUCAGAAGACAAACAACAACAAAAAUUCAAACGACACAUUGAAAAAAUACGAAAAUUUUAAAGUGCAAUUCAAAUUUUUUUUCGGAUUCGGACCCACAUCAGAGAUAGUUGAACGAAAAUAAGAAAACAGAGAGAAACAAUGCCGCAAUCAACUCAUACAAAUGGUUACACUAAUGGCCACAGCAACGCCAAUGGAGGUGGAUUAUACGAAAUGGAGGAUCAGCAAAUCUUUCUAUUUACUUCGGAAUCAGUUGGUGAAGGUCAUCCCGACAAAAUGUGUGAUCAAAUCAGUGAUGCAGUUUUGGACGCCCAUUUGAAGCAAGAUCCGAACGCGAAAGUUGCAUGUGAGACCGUUGCUAAAACUGGAAUGAUUUUAUUGUGCGGUGAAAUUACGAGCAAAGCCGUUGUAGACUAUCAAAAAGUUGUACGUGACACAGUAAAUCAUAUAGGAUAUGACGAUUCCUCAAAAGGUUUCGAUUGGCGCUCCCUAAAUCUUUUGGUAGCUCUUGAACAGCAAUCCGUUGAUAUUGCGAACGGUGUUCAUGUAAAUCGUGUGGAAGAAGACAUCGGUGCUGGAUUCGACCAUAAAACCUGUAAUGUUUUGCUCGCAUUGGAUCAACAAUCGCCUGAAAUUGCAGCCGGUGUUCAUGUGAACCGUGACGAAGAUGAUAUCGGUGCAGGUGAUCAGGGAUUGAUGUUUGGUUAUGCCACUGAUGAAACCGAGGAGUGUAUGCCGUUGACGGUCGUAUUAGCACACAGAUUAAAUGCUAAAAUUGCCGAACUUCGUCGUUCUGGAGAAUUCUGGUGGGCACGUCCAGACUCAAAAACACAGGUCACGUGUGAGUACUUGUUUGACAAGGGAGCAUGCAUACCAAAACGUGUUCAUACUGUAGUCGUAUCACUUCAACAUUCGGAAAAAGUCACAUUGGAACAUUUACGUAGUGAAUUAAUGGAAAAAGUUAUCCGGAUCGUAAUUCCGCAACAGUAUUUUGAUGAAAACACAAUCGUACACAUCAAUCCAUGCGGAUUAUUUAUUAUUGGCGGUCCAAUGGGUGACGCUGGUUUGACGGGACGUAAAAUUAUCGUCGACACAUAUGGCGGUUGGGGUGCACAUGGAGGUGGUGCAUUUUCAGGAAAAGAUUUCACAAAAGUCGACCGAUCAGCCGCAUACGCAGCACGUUGGGUAGCAAAAUCGCUAGUUAAAGCCAAAAUCUGUCGUCGUUGUUUGGUGCAAGUAUCGUAUGCCAUUGGUGUUGCUGAACCAAUUUCAAUCACUGUAUUCGAUUACGGAACAUCGAAACGAUCUCAGAGAGACUUAUUAGAAAUCGUCAAACGUAAUUUCGAUCUUCGACCUGGUCGCAUUGUUAAAGAGUUAAAUCUACGCAAACCAAUUUACCAACAAACCAGUUGCUAUGGACAUUUUGGACGUGACUGCUUCCCAUGGGAACAGGCAAAAGAAUUAGAUGUAGAUUGACUAGAUGGACUUGACGAAGCUCGUAAUGAAAAAUCUAUUGCAGCGAAAAAGGCUAAAUAUUCAUAAGAACUACAGCAAAAAAUCAGACACCUUCUAUAGAACCUAAGAAAUAUUCAACACAAACACAUAGAAGAAGACAUACACAAACAAACACAUAACAAAAAAAUAAUAAUAACAACAAUUUAAUAAGUAAAUUAAGAGCGAAAUAAAUGAGUUUAACGUAUAUAGUAUAUCCUUUUGAAAAUAGCUCGACAUAGAAUAUAGGCGGAUUAUUUGUGAGAUGAAAAAAAAGAGAAAAAUAACAAAUUUUUCAAAAUUUUGUUUAUAAUGUUGCUCACGUCGUCAUUAAAUUGUAUACAAUUUCGUGCUUACUUUUGUAUUCACAUCGAAUUUAACAUUACUACAGGAAACAAAAGCAAACAAACAUGUUUUAAGUUCAAAAUUAAUGUUCAGUGAAAUCUUUGAUUUUAUCAAAGAAUUUUUUCUAUUUUCCUAUAUUUAUGCACUAAUUUUUUGUAGAAAAAAAAUGUAAUUGUUCUAUUGUUUUAUUCUUUGUUUUUUAUUGUAAUUGACGUUGUGCGUUACCAUUUUUUUUUUAUUGAAGGCAACAGAAACAAAAUACACUUUAUACAUUUUUGAAAUGAAAGAAAUAUAGCAAACGAUGGGCAUUAAGCCAUGAACGAUUCUUCGUGUAUUUAAUGAUGAUUCUAUUAUAACUAACCGAUUGUCCGAUUUACAUACUUACACAAUAUUUGUAGUUUUUAGCUACGUUGUAUAGCUUCCAUCCGAUUAAUAUAGCCACUAUAUUAUUUAGAUAUUGUAGGUUCUUAUAGCUUACACAUCUCAUACUCGAUUUAGUCUUCAAUCGAACGCAAUCUGACUUAUCACGGUGAUCAAUUACAAUAAAUUCUUGAUAUGAUUGUAUAAUCGUAUGUUAUUUAAUUUUGAGCAGGCAAUAGAA